GAUCGAUUAUUUUUAUUGUUGGAUACUGGAUCAUCUCCUAUUACAAGAAAAGCUGCUGCAUUGCAGUUAGGAGAAGUACAAAAGCUCCAUCCACAUGAAUUACGUAAUUUACUUGCAAAGGUUAGGCAAUACUUGCAUAGCAGUUCUUGGGAUACACGCAUUGCUGCUGGACAAGCUGUUGAAGCAAUAAUUUCCAAUGUACCACAAUGGAAUCCUGUUGAAACUCAUAUUAAGCAAGAAAUUAAAAAUUCUGAAUCUGCUUCUUUGACUGGUAGAAUGAAAUUUAAAGAAUUUGACAUUCACAAAGUUAUUCAGAAUGGCAGUGAUCUUCUAGCAUCAGAAGGCAAAGAAUUUGAUAUUGACUUUGGCACAGGAAUGGAUCAAAAAGAAAUAUUAGCAAAACAACGUCAGCUGUUAAACAAACGUUUAGGCUUGGAUAUAUCAGAAAAAUUUGGUAUAGAUACAAAUGAAAUAUUUAGCAAUGAAGAUUUAGAAAUUAAAGAAAUAAAAGAAGAAAAUAAUAAGUUUUAUGGUGGAGUUAACGUUUUAUUAGAGGCUGUUCAUCUGCCUCAUUAUGCAAAACAUUACAGGACUUCCUUCCAGAAAUCUGGAAGUCUUGAUAAUGAUGAACCAUCAUUGAAAAAAGUUAGACACACAAGCAAAUUAGUAGAACAGUUAUCAGAAGACAGUAUACAUUUAGAGUCAACAUUAGAUGGUCAGAUGAUGUUGGAAGAAUCAAAAGAAUGGCCUUUUCAAUCAUUUUGUGAUGAACUCACUCAAGAUUUAUUUAGUUUGUCAUGGGAAAUAAGACAUGGAGCUGCUACUGCUUUAAGAGAAAUAGUUAGGAUACAUGGAAAAGGUGCUGGUAAAACAACUGAUACACCCUCUGAUCAGGUAGAAUUAGUUAAUCAAAUAUGGUUAGAAGAUUUAGCUCUAAGGCUUCUAUGUGUAUUGGCUUUAGAUAAAUUUGGAGAUUACAUAUCUGAUCAGGUAGUUGCACCUGUAAGAGAAACUUGUGCUCAAGCAUUAGGAGCUGUUCUAAGCAUAAUGUGGCAUUCUGGAGUUGAAGGUGUUCUUCAAGUUAUCCUUGAAUUAUUAAAACGGCACGAAUGGGAAGCUAGACAUGGUGGAUUAUUAGGAUUAAAGUAUCUUUUAGCAGUUAGACAGGAUAUGACAUUACAAUUAGUUCCAGCUGUUUUUGAUUUGGUUUGUCAAGGACUGAAAGAUCCUGUUGAUGAUGUUAGUGCAGUUGCAGCUGCAGCUUUAGUUCCUGUAACAAAUAUAAUUGUAAAAACAUUGAUUGACAAGGUUCCAUAUGUGAUAUCUUCUUUAUGGGAUGCUCUGUUAGAUUUGGAUGAUCUAACUGCUUCUACCAGUAGCAUUUUAUUACUUUUAUCCUCUUUACUCUCUUAUCCAUGUUCAUCAACUGUUUCUGUUACUCAUCCUCUUGCACAACUAGUACCCAGAUUAUGGCCAUUUCUUAAUCAUUCUUCCUCUGGUGUACGAAAAUCAGUAUUACAAGCAUUGGUGACAUUAACUGCUGAUGUAAAUUUACAGACUUGUCAAGAAUGGCUUCCUGUGGUAUUACCAGAUGCAUUACGACUUAUAUAUCAACGCUGCCUUAUUGAACAUUGUGAUGAUAUAUCAGAUAUUUUAUAUAAGGUUUGGUUCCAGAUCAUUACUUGUGCUCCCUUUCCAACUCUUUUACAUGCAGCUUGCCCUUAUCUGAAUGUUUGGUUAUGUUUUUUAAUGCAUCCAUCAAGAACAGCUAUUGAUAGCAGCACUAAUACUUCAUGGCUAGAAGUUAAACAUAAACAAAAGGAAAAGAGCCAAGGAAGAGGAAGAAGAUUAAGUUCUUCUGAUUUUAUAAAGGAUAGUACUGAAACCCAUUAUUAUAUUGGAGGAAAUGAAACACUUACAGAUGAUCAUCUAUUUAGGGAAAAAUAUGUUAUGAGAGCUCGCUGUAUGGCUGCAAGAUUUCUUGGACUGCUGCUAAAUCAUCUUACUAAACAAAUCCCAGAACCAGCUGAAAAUUCAGAACAAGAAUCUUUAAUAGAAGGAAUUUCUAAAAUUCUUCUUUUUCAUUUAAAUUCAAAAUCUGCACUUCAAAGGAUUGCUAUUGGCUUAGUUUUAACAGCUUGGGCCAAGCAUGAAAAGGAUAAUAAAUGUCCAUUGUCUGUGAAAAAAAGAUGCUUAGAGUGUUUAAAUGAAAAUAUUUAUUUUGAUGAAAUAGCUCUUGCAUUUGCUCGACUUCAGCAAGAAUGCAGAGCAUUUAUUUCACUCUUAAAUCAUCACAAAUUAUCUUUAGAUUCUUCACUUCAACUAGGAAAUGUCUUAACUAUAGAACAAGCUUCUUUAUUAACUACAACAGCAUAUCAAUCUGCAAUAUCCCAGUCAAAGCUCAAGCCAAAAGUUAUAGAUCUUUUAGAAGAAAAAAGAAAAGUUCUGCAGAAAUCCAUUGCACAAACUAGUUAUGAUCAAACAUCUUUAAGUACUACUGUACAAGCUAGUUUGGCUGGAUCAUUAAUCACAAUGCAAUAUCUUCCUGAAAAACUUAAUCCAGUUAUUCGUCCCUUGAUGGAUUCUAUUAAACGGGAAUCAAAUGAACAAUUACAAAAAGCAUCUGCUACUCAUUUAGUGAUGCUUUUAAAUAUAUGUGUAAAUAGAAAUCCAAGUCCUAAUAUUAAAAUAAUUAAGAACCUUAUAGGGUUCUUAUGUGCUGAUUCAAGUUUCACUCCAUCAGUAGAUAUUCAGAAAGACAAAGAAGAAAAACAUGUUUCAACUUUUGCAUCUAAAUACUCAGGGAUUAUAACAUUAACAAAUAUGCAAAAGUCUGCAGAAAAAUUAAUAGUAAGAAGAUCCAACUCUAUUUCAAAUAAGAAGAAUACAGCAAAUCCUGAUUGCAGUUAUGAUGAUCCUUUAAAUUUAGAUGAUGAUAAACCAAAUCAAAAUGAACUUCAAAGGAGAGGUGCAACAUUUGCAAUAACUGAAGCAGCAACAUACUUUGCUGAUGAAUUACCUCAGAAAUUGCCAAGCCUCUGGGAAACAAUAUUUUCUUCUUUAAAGCAAAUUAUUGAUGUUGAAAGUUUUGAUGGUUCUACAUUUACUGACAAAGAUCCUCUUGCUCAAGACCUAGUCAUCAGCUUGCAACUAUUAGAAAUAAUUGGUCCAUAUUUCCAUAAAUCACUUCAUCCAGAGCUGGAAUCAAUAUUACCACAUUUAUGCUGCUGUUUAGAUAUCCCUUAUAGUGCUGUUAGACAUAUGGUAGCAAGAUGUCUAGGAAUGUUAAGUAAAGUGAUUACUUUAGCAACAUUGCAAAUAGUUUUUAAUAAAAUUCUAGGAAAACUUGGGGCAACAGAUAAUGAUAUAUCAAGACAAGGGGCAGUAGAAACUUUAUAUUGUAUUAUUAAUAAAAUGAAUUUAGACAUUGUUCCGUACAUAGUUCUGCUUGUUGUCCCCAUGCUUGGACGCAUGAGUGACCAAAAUGAAAGUGUUAGAUUAAUGGCAACACAUUGUUUUGCUUCACUUAUUAGAUUGAUGCCACUUGAAGGAGGAAUGAAAGAUCCACCAGAUCUUAGUCCUGAAUUAAUACAGAGAAAAGCAGAAGAACGACGUUUUUUGGAACAAUUAAUGGAUUCAAAAAAACUUGAAAAUUUUAAAGUUCCUGUGCAAAUAAAUGCAGAAUUAAGAUCAUAUCAACAGGAUGGAGUGAAUUGGCUUGCCUUCUUGAAUAAAUAUAAGUUGCAUGGAAUCCUAUGUGAUGAUAUGGGAUUAGGAAAAACUUUGCAAUCUCUCUGUAUUUUAGCUGGUGAUCAUUACUUACAAGAAAAGCGGUACAAAGUAAACAGAUUUGAAAUCCAGUUCCUGUUAGAAAAUUUGUUAAUGGAAUUUUUGUAUAGUUGGUUUAGGAGACCUCCUGCUGAAAGAAUCAGACUUCGCAAUAGAGCAAAAAAACAUAAUUUAAUAAUUGCAUCAUACGAUAUUGUUCGAAAUGACAUUGAUUUCUUCAGUUCAUUCCAUUGGAAUUACUGUAUUUUAGAUGAAGGUCAUAUUAUCAAAAAUGGAAAAACAAAAUUAGCCAAAGCUAUUAAACAACUAUCAGCGAAUCAUAGGUUGAUAUUGACAGGAACUCCAAUUCAAAAUAAUGUACUGGAAUUAUGGUCUCUCUUUGACUUUUUAAUGCCUGGAUUUCUUGGAACUGAAAAACAGUUCACUGCCUGUUACAGUAAGCCAAUUUUGCAAAGUCGAGAUGCAAAAUCAUCAUCUAAGGAGCAAGAAGCAGGUGUUUUGGCUAUGGAAUCUCUUCAUAGACAAGUUUUGCCAUUUUUAUUAAGAAGAAUGAAAGAUGAUGUUCUACAAGACUUGCCUCCUAAAAUCAUUCAAGAUUAUUAUUGUGAACUCAGUCAUCUUCAGGUACAAUUAUAUGAAGAUUUUGCUAAAAGUCAGGCUAAAAAGAAUCUUGAAAAUACACUUGAAGAUGAUUCAUCUAGUAAUGUUGCAACAUCACAUAUUUUCCAGGCUCUGCAGUAUUUGAGAAAAGUGUGCAACCAUCCAAAAUUAGUAUUAAGUAAUCAGCAUCCUGAAUUUGAACGUAUUAGUACUCAAUUAAAGGAACAGAAUUCAACUCUUUCUGACAUUCAUCAUGCAGCCAAGCUCUGUGCUUUAAAACAAUUGCUCUUAGAUUGUGGCAUUGGCACAGAAGCCCUAAAUAGCAAUACAGGAACAGAACUAGUAGUUAGCCAGCAUCGAGCAUUAGUAUUUUGUCAGCUCAAGAGCAUGCUGGAUAUCCUGGAAGUUGAUUUAUUUAAAACACACAUGCCAUCUGUCAGUUAUUUGAGGCUGGAUGGUAGCAUUCCUCCUGGUAUGCGUCACACAGUGGUACGUCGUUUUAAUGCUGAUCCAUCCAUUGAUGUAUUGUUAUUAACUACACAAGUUGGAGGUUUAGGUUUGAAUUUAACUGGUGCAGAUACAGUAAUAUUUGUAGAACAUGACUGGAAUCCUAUGAAAGAUCUUCAGAAAUUUAAACUGACUGUUGCAAAUACAGUCAUCAGCCAAGAAAAUGCCAGUCUUCAGACCAUGGGAACAGAUCAACUUCUUGAUCUCUUCUCACUAGAUUUAACCAAAAAGUCUGAUGCUUCAGAAAGCAGUGGUGGUCAUCAGGCUAAAGGUAAAGGUAUCAAAGCAGUUCUUGAUACUCUUCCUGAACUCUGGGGUCCAGAUCAGUAUGAAAAAGAGUAUGAUUUACAAAAUUUUAUGCAGUCUCUCAGGAAAUGAGUUAAUAUAACUGUUGAAUUGCAUUGUUAAAACAUUGGACUCUAAAAAUUCCAUACCUUUAAAUUUUUAGAGGAUGACGAGUCACAAUUAACAGACUAAUCUUUUUGAAUUUGCACUAUAAAGAAUACAGAAUUUUUUUAUAAAUGAUUUUAAACACUUGCAACAGCCCAAUCCUUGUAUGUAAUAAAUGAAAGUCCAUUAAACUUUUUAUAAUUAA